CAUACCGGUAGAAGAGAACAAUAUGCCUAAAGACACUUUUGCACUCGGUGUCAUCCUUUUGAUUCUUCUCUUCAAUGUAUCUGCAGGCCAAACUAUAGUUGUCGAAAAUGAUAAUGCUGUUACUGCAAGGUUGGCAAAGGGGCAUAGCAGAAAGAUUCUUACAGAGGUUCAGGAUUAUGAUUACGGAGGGGCAAACUCUAGGCAUGAUCCACGCAGAAGGCCUGGGAUUGGGGGCAGGAAUGGCUAGACCACUAAGCUCCUUAUUAU